GAUUAAAUUUGUUUACUAAUAUCUUGACACACUUUCUGAUUUAUCAAGAUAUCAACACAUCAUUUUGAUUUACUAUUUCCGCAUUAUAUCAAUUAAAAUUUAAUUAAAAUAUUUGCUUUUGUAUUACGAUAAAAAUUGUUAAAUAAAUAGCUUUAGAGUAUAUAAAUUGAGGUUCAACUCGUUGCAUUGAUAAGUAGUGUCAGUCAUGGCUUGUAGAACAGCAAGUUCAUUUGAUUUUACAAAAAUCAUCACCAAGGAUGACGUAAAAAAAAUAGCAAAGACCAAAAUCGGGAAUCAAGUUCAGGUCUUAGCGUACUCACUAAAAAAUUAUUCAGAUGAAAAAAUAGGGUUUUUAUCUUCACACUUACGUCUGGUUGUAGUGGUGAAAAAUAUAGACGGUUCUUCAUUAAAACAAAGCUUCUUCGUUAAAGUUGUGCCGUAUGAUUAUCCUGAUCAAGCGACGUAUAUAAAAGACACGGAGGUGUUUCGUCAAGAGACUGGCUUCUUCCAAGAUCUUGUACCGAAGAUGUUAGUAGAGUACACUGGAGACAUCUGGGGUCCUCGUUGUUAUUUAAUAAAAAAUGAUGCACUGGUCCUGGAAGAUUUAGGACACAAAGGAUUUAAAAUGUGUUCGACUAAAAUUUUGGAUGAAGAAUUUAUAAAAUCUGGUUUAACAGCUCUGGCGAACCUUCACGCAGCUUCUUUAGUUGUUGAAGAACAUCUAGGGCGGCCGCUUAUUGACGUCUAUCCUCACAUUAUUGAACAAAAUUAUUUUCUUACUUCAGGGCUUCAAUAUCAAUGGUACUGUGCGGGUGUUGAUGUGGCUGUAAAAAUAGCUGAAGAUAUGAAUUUAGAAACAAAAUUUAUUUCUGAGGCUUGUAAAAAAGUCUUUGAUGCGAUAAAAGCUUCCUCAAAAAGGCGCAACGUUAUAAGCCACGGUGAUUUGUGGUCCAAUAAUCUUAUGUUUGACAAUUCAUCACCUCCGCGUUGCCGAAUAAUUGACUUUCAACUUCUUCGGUAUUCACCACUUGCAGCAGACGUUGCUUUAUUUCUUCAUCUUUGCGCUUCGCGCAAAUUCCGUGAUGUAAAAUCUCUGGAAAUGAUAAAAUACUAUUACAAUAAUUUGAUUAAAUGUUUAAAAAUGAAUCCAAUUAUUAAAAAUUAUCCAUCGUGGGAAGAAAUAAUUGAUGGAUAUAAUGAACAAAAGCUUGGUGCUGUUGUUACAGCUACACUGUAUUUUCCAACUACUCUUCUUGAUGGUAAAAUCGGAGCUUCUAUAAUGAACAAUCCGGAAAGUUACACUCAAUUCCGGUACGAAGACCGGAGGGGUUUUGUACUUGAAAAUAUGAAGAAAGAUCCCGGUUAUAAUUCUAUGUUGCGAGAUAUUGUUGAAGAGUUAGUUGAGUUAUCUGUUAAACUUCAUUCUCUGCCUGAACCUUGUUGAAAUAAUUAA